GAAACGCCUCGCCGGAUUGCUGCGCUUAUUGCCGAGGAGCAAAAAAAGCAAGACCCGCAAGUUUGCGCAACAACUCUCAUGCACGCUGUUUCGAAGAUUGGCUCUCCGAAAGUCCGUUCACGCGCUCCCAAAAGAUUCUGAAGAAUCACACACGAUUUUCAUGACUAUUAAGGAUGGCCUGUCGUCAUCCUUUGUGGAGACCAUAGCAGGAUUUACAGCGGGAAUAGUCUCUACGCUCUGCCUCCAUCCGCUAGAUUUAUUAAAGACAAGGCUACAGGUUGACCGAUCCUCGCCUUCUCAACUUGGUGGAUCGCUCCGUGUCAUCCGUGAAAUUUCACGCCGUGAGGGCGGCAUCACCGCAUUCUACCGAGGGUUAACACCCAACAUCAUCGGGAAUUCCACCAGCUGGGCGCUGUACUUUUUUUGCUAUGGGAAGACGAAAGAUCUGAUGCGGAGGCUCCGCGGCUCGCGAGUGCCGGAGCUCACCUCGACUGACUACUUUGUUGCAUCAGGACUGGCAGGACUUGCCACAUCAGUUUUGACGAAUCCUAUAUGGGUGAUCAAAACCCGCAUGUUAUCCACCGGUUCCAACACUCCCGGAGCCUAUGCGUCUUUUACCACCGGCGUAGCACAGAUCUAUCGCUCUGAGGGUAUCCCUGGCUUCUACCGGGGCCUUUUGCCCGCAUUAUUCGGAGUCAGUCAUGGAGCUCUUCAGUUCAUGGCGUAUGAGAAGUUGAAAGCGUAUCGUACAAGGAUGAGGUCGGCUUCGCGUACUAGUGGCGAUAGCAUGGGGGCGACACCGGCACGACAAUUGGGGAAUUUCGAUUUCUUUCUCACCUCAAGCCUUUCAAAGAUCUUCGCAGGCUGUGUCACCUAUCCCUAUCAAGUGCUGAGAUCUCGUCUGCAGACAUAUGACGCUCACCUUGUGUAUCGUGGUGUUCGUGAUGCAAUGGCACAGAUUUGGGCUCAAGAGGGCUUUGCUGGUUUCUACAAGGGUUUGGGCCCGAACCUCCUGCGCGUGCUACCAAGCACAUGGGUAACCUUUCUGGUGUAUGAGAAUACCAAGUCUUGCCUAGUUUAACAUCACGACAGUAGAGGCCGCUAUUCACUUGCCGAAGGGCAUAUCAUUAGCACAGUUCUUCGAACUCUGGCAGGUGGGACUCUUUGCAAUGGACAUAGUCAUGAGAGCGAAAACUCCGUAUUGGGGACUAUCGUCCACCUAAGCAUGAUGCUUGAAUUCUUAUCAGCCAAACGGAACAAUUAGUAGAUCGAGCCACAUGUGAGCCUAUAU